GCGGAGGAACGAACAUGGUGAACUGGAGCCAGUAGGCCGAUGAGGUGUUCUGAUUCAAAAAAGAGGGCCAGGUGCUGUAUCAUCUGGAUCGUCACCAGGGCCGCCGUUUCUGACGAGCUCUCCGACGUCGGCCGAUCCCGCCUCCCCUCCCCCCCGCUGGACGCCAUGGAGCAGUGGUUGCGCGGCUCAGGCGUGCACCUGCUGGAGCCUGACCCGGAGCUGCUGCGGCUGGGCGGCGUCACCGCUGUGCUGGGCGUCGCUUGCGGCGUCGGAUUCGUCGUGGCGUACAUCGGUCGGCUGGCCGCGACGGCCUGGCUGCGGCAAGAGUGGGCAGAUUUCCUGCGGCAGCUGGUGACGACGGGCACCCUGGAGGCGUGCUCGAUCUGUGCCGAGGAGGUGCCCCUCACUGCCUGGCACACAGCGACGAUGCCCUGCUGUGGGGGCCGCCUGUGCUGGUCCUGCGUGCGCCGCCACGCGGAGAGCGUGAUCGAUGACGCCCGCCCAGAGAUGCUGUGCCCGCUGUGCCACGACAUAAUGCCAGACCGGACCGUGUUGACGGCCAUCCGGCGGGAGCAGUGGUCGUUGUGGGGCAGUGACCUGACCGGCGACCGGGCUCGCCGGAAGGCCCGCACCUACAAGCGGUGGGUGAUAUCGUGCGGAGUGGCCGCCACGUGCUCGGCGCGCUCGGAGGACGUGGUGCGCUGCCCCGGGGACGGGUGCAACCACAUGCACGUGCUGCCCAGAGAGAUGCGGCAGCAGAAGAGCGCCCACGAGCCCCGCAGCCCAUGGAAUCCGCGAGGGUGGGCCGUCGGCCGCCGCGCUGGCCUCUACGCCCCGGCCACGGACAGCGGGCGCGACAUCCGGAGGGUGCAUUGCGAGGCCUGCGAGCUGGAUUCGUGCCUCGUGUGCGGGCUGCCCUGGGAGGCGCCCGGCGACGACGCAGGGUGCCACGACGGCAAGUCGUGCCGGGAGCACCGCGGGAGGUUCGCCAUUCCUGGCCGCAACGCGGACGCGGGCGGCGCCAAGGCGUGCCCCACUUGCGGCGUGAACAUCAUCAGGUCGGCGGGCUGCAACCACAUGACCUGCACGCAGUGCCACAGCGAGUGGUGCUGGGUGUGCUUGUCGCCGUGGACGCCGCGGCACUACGCCUGCGCGUGGGAGCUCGGCUGGGCGGAAGGCGAUGAUCCUCAAGACGUGUGCUAGUCCAAUGUGCGUAUGUCUGUUUACC